AUGAUGUACACGGGUACCACUGCAGAACAAGACAACAGAUUCAGUGACAAGGAGAAAAAAUUAUUAAAGCAAAUGAAAUUUGGGGACAGCUUGGUUGAAAAGGUUGAUAUGUCUAAAGUAAAAUUAGAAGUAUUAAAGCCAUGGAUUGGCAAAAAAAUAACUGAAAUUUUAGGAUGGGAAGAUGAUGUGGUUGUUGAGUUUGUUGUGAAUCAGUUGGAAGAACAUAAGCAUCCAGAUCCUAAAAAAAUGCAAAUUAACAUGACAGGAUUUUUAAAUGGUAAAAAUGCUAGAUUGUUUAUGCAAGAUUUAUGGGAGUUGCUUAUAUCUGCUCAACAAAGUGUCAGUGGAAUACCCCAACAAUUUCUAGACCAAAAAAAAGAAGAUAUUAAAAAGAGAAUGGAAGAGCAAGAAAGAAUUCAGAGUAUUGUCGAUAAAAAUUUGGCUAACGAAAAAGAAAAGGAAAAGGAAAAAGAGAAGGAAAAAGAACGGGAAAGAAAACGAGAGAGAAGUAGAGAAAGAGAGAAAGAAAGAAGGGAUAAAUAUAGAAGUGAUAGAGAUAAAAUUGAAAGGGACAGAGGAAGAGAUAGGGAUAGAGAUAGAGAUAGAGACAGGGAUAGGGAUAAAGAUAGAGAUAGGGAUAAAGACAGAGACAAAGAUAAAGAAAAAGAUAGAGAUCGAGAGAGAGAACGAGACAGAGAUAGAGAUAAAGAAAGAGACAAAGACAAAGAUAAAAGGGAAAAAGAGAAAGGCAAAGAAAAAGAGUCUAACGAACGGGAAAAGGAAGAUGAUAGAAAAGAAAAGAAAAGGGAAGAAUUUUCAAAGUCACCCAAGCACAAUUCAUGCCCUCGGCCAAAUUCUAAGGAUAGAAAAUCUGAAGAACUUAAAACUAGAAUUUCUGAUAAUGAAGCCAAAAAUGAUGUAAAAAUUUCUGCCAGUUUGUCUAAAGCUUUGUCCGGGGUUCAAGAAAAGCUUGCUUCGUUGUCUCAGAAAAAAGAAAACGAUGGUUUUAAGCGAUCUAUUAGCCGAUCUUGUUCAAGAGGUCGAAAAUCUAAUUCAGUAAAUAAAUCUAGGGAAAAUAGCGUUGAAACUAAUAAUAAAGAAAAUUCUGUAAGGCAAGAAGAAAAAGGAAGUAAAAGAAGUGUCAGUAGCGCUUCCAGUGAACGUUCUCCGAAAAAAGACGACUUCGAAAUAAGAAAAAAAGAGGAUAGCGUUCAAAAAAAAAGGCAUUACAGAAGUAAUAGGUCUCAUUCAAGUGAAAAUGAGAGGUCAUCACGUCAGGAUAGAAGAGGAAAAUCUCACUCCAGGUCCCCCGGUAGACGUCGUGACGACAGAGACAGAGAAAGAGAAAAACGGAGAGAUCGGGAUGAUCGAGAUAGGGAAAGAGAACGUGAACGUGAUAGAGAUAGAGAUAGAGACAGAGAAAGAGAAAGGGAGCGGGAACGUGAUCUUAGGUAUAAAAUUGAAAGAGAAAGAAGGGAGAAAGAACGUAUAGAAAGGAGAGAAAGAGAAAAAGAACGUGAAAGAGAUAGGGAUAGGGAAAGAGAAAGACGAAGAAGGUCUCCUUCUCCUAGGAGACGUAGGUCACGUUCUAGUCAACGAUCUUCUUCCCCCAAGUCUAGAUCUCGUCGAUCCAGGUCUCCGAGGGAAAAAACUAGGCAUUCUAGAUCUCGAUCUCGAAAGCGGUCUAGUUCGCCGAAAAGAAGAUUAGAUUCAUCUAGACGGCAUUCGCCAUCCCCUAAACGUCGGUCACGCUCACCAAAGCGCAGAUCCCCUACCCCCAAACGUCGCUCUUCUCCUAAAAGACUUUCACCCAGUCCCGAAAAAAGAUAUAGGCGAUCUCGGACACCCAAAAGAAAAGCAGAUUCUCCCGUCAUGAGGAAAAAGCGUGAAUCCCCGAAACGUAGAAAUUCUCCGUCGAAACUCAGAUCAGAAUCCAAAAAGUUGUCUCCUUCUCCAAAACGUAGAUCUAAAAGUCCUAAAAGACGUUCCAUUUCUGGAAAAACAACUUCCGUGUCUCCCAAGACGAGGUCUAUAACUCCGAGAAAGAGGCAAAUUUCUCCGAAACGAGAAGUCAUCAGACAUUCAGAUUCCUCAAUAGAAGAAACAAGUUCAGGUGAACCGGAGGAUGAUGAAGAAGAAGAAGAAGAUAGAUCUCCACCUUCGAAAAAAGAGAAAAGAAUAUCUAAGCAUGAUGUGAUUGUGGAAAAAAGAACGGCAUCAAGAAAGACUGUCAGCAAACAUGAAAGAGAUUCCGUGUCGAACGAAGAAAGUGACAAAUAUAUUAAAAAAUCAAGAGAAGAAAAAAAUUCAACUUCAAAUAAAUCUAAACGUGGAGAAACGCAUAAGAGCAGAAAGAGAGAAGAAAAUUCUUCAUCGGAGGAUGAUGACGACGAUGAUGAAGAAGUGGUGGAGGAAGAAGAAGAGGAAGAUGAUGAGGAGGAGGAGGAAGAAGAAGAAGAUGAAGACGAAGAAGACGAGGAAGAAAUAAUUGAAAAAACUGUAGUGAAAUCUGAAAAUAAAUCGAAAAAAUCAAAUGUUGACUCAAUAGAAUAUUCUAAAAAAAAAUACAAAUCAAAUUCACCGGAUAAAGACAGUUCGGAAUCGUACGACACUAAAAAAAAAUCUAAAAGAAAAAGGACGAGAUGCACGAGCGAAGAUUCUAGCUAUGAAGAAAUGAGUAGAAAAAAGAAGAGAAUAAAAAAGCAGAAGAAAAGAGAGGAGUCGGAUGAAUCCGAGGGAUCUUCAGAGUACGAAGAAGAAGAAAUAGAAAGUAGAAGACACAAGAAAAAGAAAAAUUCUAAGAAAAGGCCAACUAGUUCGGAUUCGGACGAACACAGUAAAAAGAAGAAAAAGCGAAAAAAGAGUAAAGGACAACCAGAAAAAUCAGAUCAUAAACAUAAGAAACAUAAAAAGCAGAAAAAACAUAGGAAAAAAAGAGCUAGCGAGGAAUCUUCUGAUGAAAGUGGUAACGAAGAGUUAGAACGCAGACUCAGAGAAAGGGCAUUAAAAAGUAUGAAAAAAAGUAAUGAAGACCACAAUUACAGUGAUUGA